AUGUCCAACAGCCGCCUGAGCGCGUUUGCCACUGAGGAUGUAGACGAGAAGUUUUACCAUGCCGAGGAUCUACAAGACCCACAUGAGGGCACGCUGCACCGCGGGCUCAAGGCUCGCCAAAUGUCCAUGAUAGCACUAGGCGGGACUAUUGGCACAGGUUUGAUCAUGAGCUCCGGAACUGCAUUAGUCCGAGGCGGGCCUCUCGGCCUCUGUCUCGGUUUCCUGUUCGUUGGUCUCAUCUGUUUCCUGACUCUUUCGGCCCUGGGAGAGAUGACUGCGUAUCUACCACAUAAAAAGGGAUUUGCAGGAUAUGCAACGCGUUUUGUGGAUCCUGCUCUUGGUUUCGCACUAGGCUGGAUAUAUCUUCUCAAGUAUCUCAUCGCCCCUGCGAGUCAAAUCAAUGCAGCUGGAAUUGUGAUGCAAUAUUGGACGCUCUCGGUGCCCAUCGAGGUCUGGACAGUUGUUGUCAUGAACUUGCUUGGUAUAGAAUUUUUUGGGGAAUUGGAGUUCUGGAUGAGCGGCUUCAAGAUCUUAUCUCUCCUGGGCUUGAUUUUCCUUGGCAUUGUCAUCGACCUCGGGGGAAACCCAGAACAUGACCGCAUCGGAUUCCGAUACUGGCGACACCCAAACGGACCCAUGGGAAGCUACCUUGUCAAGGAGGUGCACAAUGAACGUCUCGCAAUCUUUCUUGGAUUCUGGAGUACGUUGACCACUGCGUUGUUUGCAUACAUCGGCAGCGAAUUGGUUGCCGUUACGGCCGGAGAGGCUCAGAACCCGAGGAAAUCGAUUCCCAGAGCUAUCAAGUCGACAUUUUUUCGUAUUUUCGUUUUCUAUAUCGGAUCCGUGUUUGCAAUUAGUCUUAUCGUUCCAAGCACCAGUACUGAGCUCUUUGUUGCCAAUAGCUCGCAUGCAAGCGCAGCGGCAUCGCCCUUCGUUGUUGGAAUAACUCUGGUUGGAAUCAAAGGGCUCAACCAUGUCGUCAAUGCGAUGAUUCUCCUAUUUACUAUCAGUGCAGCCAACAGUGAUCUAUACAUCGCUUCCCGGACACUCUACGGCCUCGCAGUAGAACGAAAGGCGCCUCUGAUAUUCACAAAAGUGAAUAAAAGAGGCCUUCCUUGGGUUUCUCUGCUCUUCGUGUCGUUAUUCACUUCCUUAACGUUCCUAAACGUGAGCUCUUCAAGCUCCACGGUGUUCGCAUAUACUGUCAACCUUCUUUCCGCGUUUGGGGCCAUCACCUGGAUGACAAUUGCUUACAGUCACAUCUGCUUCAUGCAGGCGCUCAAGGCUCAAGGCAUCUCCCGCGAUAGUCUGCCGUACAAAGGAUCAUGUCAACCGCUGGGGUCUUGGUUCGUUCUGGUUUCGACUGGAAUAAUUCUACUCUUCAAAGGUAGGUUCGAUACGUUCUUCCCUUUUACCUCUGCACUAUUCAUCACGUCAUACCUCCCAAUACCGUUGUUUUUCGUACUCUGGCUUGGGUAUAAACUUCGUUACCGAACUCGGGUUAUACCAGCGUCCAAAGUCGAUCUAAUCACAGGCAAACGGGAGAUUGACGAGGAAGAGGAACGAUUUGUCUUGCGGGAAAAGGCGCGCGAGGGUAAGAUGUCGAGAUGGCAGAGACUUGUAGAUGCGUUGUGA